AUGUCAUUCUGGGGAAACACCAUUUCACCACCUAGCAAAAAGAAAAAAGAUAUCCAUCCAGCGCCGUCUUCGUCAAAUGAAACACGAAGUUUCCUAAAUGCAACUACGACAGAGCCUGCAAGAAUUGAAAUUAACAACAAAAAAGAAAGAGAAAAUCCGGCACAAGUUAGGAGUCGAAAGAAAAUCUCAGAUCUUGAAUCACAACAUGCAUCCUUGAUAGUCGUACGUGAUUCUGGUUUAUCUACCGUAACAAAGGAACAAAUAAACACUGUGAAAGAAACCAUAAGAAAAGAAAAAACAAAAUUGGACAGAUUGAUUCGUGAAUCAGCUCGUCAAAGAAAACGAAGACAAAAACUUAAAGAGAGCAUCGAAACUGUGUGUCAGAACAUCCCUGAAGCAUCAAGUGCUUUGAAACAGUUUAGUCGAAACCAUACUGGACGACCGCGUCUCGAAGUUGACCAACCAGAGCUUUUAUCAACAAUUAUAAAAAUUGUGCAAAAUUUAUCAGCAGCUGACGAACGUCGAAGAACAGAAUGUCUCCGUAGCGUCUCCACUUUAGAUGACCUUCAGGAAGAGUUGACAAAGAUAGGCUUUACCUUGAGUAGGAGUGGUUUGUACCUUCGUCUUUUACCACGACGUGGAAACACUUCUGAAGGAAAAAAACAUGUCAGCACAGUUCCAGUAAAGCUGUUACGUCCAGAAAACUCAAUGCGAAAAAAAAAUGACGAUAGAAUGUUUGCCAAAUCAUUCAUUGACGACAUGCUCGAAGUUUGGACCAAAAGCUGUGCUUUUCAUUUCCAACGAUGA